AUGGCCCGCAAAGUUUUAUGUGUCGCGGAGAAACCUGCAAUUGCUAGAGCGGUGGCACAGCACCUCUCUGGAGGUUCAAGCCGUGCGGUAUCGAUUCGGGGUAAUGUGUAUGUGAAAAACUACGAGUUUGACUUCACAUUCGCUCCGCCAUGGGGCCAGUGUUCGGUGACGAUGACAAGUGUCAUUGGUCAUUUGACGAGUUUGGACUUUGACUCGCAGUACAGAAGCUGGAAUUCAUGUCCGCCUGGCCGGUUGUUUGAUGCACCUGUCACAGAUUCCGUUGCGAAAGACAAACUGAGCAUCGCUGAAAAUAUUCGAACGUUGGCCAGACAGUCUAAGGCUCUAUUUAUUUGGACAGAUUGUGAUCGUGAAGGAGAGCACAUUGGGACAGAAGUACGGUAUCAGGCGAGAAAAGCAAAUCCGCGAAUUGAAGUAAAACGAGCGAGGUUUAGCAAUACCGAACGAGCUCAUAUAUUACAGGCUGCCCAGAACCCGAUAGAGCUAGAUGAUAGUCAAGCUAAUGCAGUCGCUGCACGGAUCGAGCUUGAUUUGAGGAUCGGAGCAGCUUUUACUAGGCUACAAACUCUCCAACUCAAAUCAUUGGGAGGUGCCCUAGAGGACCGAGUUAUCAGCUACGGGUCCUGCCAGUUCCCGACGUUGGGAUUUGUGGUCGACAGAUAUUUUCGGGUGAAGAACUUCAAACCAGAAAAAUUCUGGUCCAUCAAAGUUUCACAUGCCCGUGAUGGGAAAACUGUCAACUUUUUAUGGCGGAGAGUCCAUCUUUUCGAUAGGGCUGCUGUUGUUGUUCUGUUUGAGCGGUGCUUGACUUCAAAAACCGCUAAGGUUACGAAAGUGAACAAGAAGCCAACACGCAAAUGGCGUCCACUGCCUUUGACUACUGUGGAUCUCCAAAUGAUGGGAAGUAGAUAUCUUCGAAUGGACAGUCAGAAAGUCAUGAAGAUCGCGGAAGCUCUAUACACAAAAGGGUUCAUCAGUUAUCCAAGAACAGAAACGGAUCAGUUUGACAAAGGAAUUGAUCUGAAAAAGUUGGUCGAAAAGCAAAUACCGAGUGAAAAUUGGGGCCAGUAUGCGCAGCGUCUCAUGAACGGUGCUUUCACCCAGCCACGAGCUGGUCGUCAUAACGACAAAGCUCACCCUCCCAUUCACCCCGUCAUAUUCGCCGCACCAUCAGCACUUAACGCAGAUGAACGUGCUGUUUACGAAUUCGUCACCCGACGUUUUCUCGCCUGCUGCUCUGAAGAUGCAAAGGGCGAGUCUACGGAAGUGGAAAUAAAGUAUGGCGAUGAAAUGUUCCACACAAACGGCCUCCUCGUCUUAGAAAGGAAUUAUUUGGAUGUUUACAUAUACGAUAAAUGGGAAAGUAGUCAAGAAAUCCCUCCUUUUACACUUGGCGAGGCGUUCGAACCCACCGAGGCUAAAUUAACGGAUGGCAAGACCGUUGCACCAGGUUAUUUAACAGAGCCCGAACUUAUUGGACUGAUGGAUGCUAAUGGGAUCGGAACUGACGCUACCAUGGCAGAGCAUAUUGCGAAGAUAAAAGAGCGCGAAUAUGUAGCCACUCGACCCCGUGGUAGCGGGGGAGGUAGCAAUUCCGUGCAAGAGUUCAUCCCCACCCAUCUUGGUGUGGCUCUAGUUGAGGGCUAUGAUGAUGUCGUGAAUGGUCUGCCCGACAGCCCCAGCUUAAGCAAGCCUUUUUUGCGAAAAGAAAUGGAGGUGCGGAUGCGAGAAAUAUGCGCCGGUACAAAGACAAAAACGGAGGUGGUGAAUGAGAGCUUGCAGAUGUAUCGCGAGGUUUUCGUGCAUACCCAGCAAAGAAUUGAUGUGCUCAAGGCUGCUUGUAGGAAAUAUAUCUUUGAAGAGGGUAACAGGUGA